UACGAGCAUAGAUAUAGGAACGAGGUUGCAAAAUAACAUGGAUGACUUGCAUUGCAAGUUAAUAGGCAAAGCCGAAGUGUUUCAAGGUUAUGAUUGUUUACUUAACUUUGUUGAUGAAAAGUCAGAUGAAUUUUACCGUAUUCAAGUGUUGAAAAAUGACAAAGGAUGUCAUGUUUGGACAAGAUGGGGAAGAAACGUAAGUGUCGUUUUAUAUUCUGAUAUUAAAAACUUUCUCAUGUAACACAUUACAGUACUGGGUUUUACAAUUUAAGUCUGCGUUGUGGAUUGUAAAUUAAUGCCGUGCAUGUUAAAGUUUAUUUAUUUACUUUGUUAUAUUUAUUUACAAAUCUAAGCUAUAAAUGACAGGUGAUUCCUAGUCUGACCCUCAGAAAUCCUGAAAAUGCAACCAAAAUUUGGCUUAUUUUCUUACUGGCUAACUUCCACAUUUCUAUAGCUUGUCAAUGUUCAUAUAAUUUACCUGAAAAUUGACUUAAGUCUCUUAGAAAUUUACCUGAAAUUGCUCAUGAACAAUGAUUGGGAGUUGGGGAUAUUACACUCCCAGACUCCCUCACACACAGUCGCUAUGGACCUAUCGUAUGGCCUUGCCUAAAUAGUUAUUAUGUAUUAAAGAGAGAAUAUUCACAGAUAACCCACGCAUGCAGCAAGAGCCAGCGAAGGCUCCACUGAAAUAGGAUUAGUCUGCAUGGCAGGGGGGCUUGCUGCCAGUAGAAAAACCGUUUGCCACGCAGGCUAAAAUAGGAUAUUAGGGGACUUUCAUGUCAUUUUUUUUAAAUCCAAAAUUUUGAAAUAAUGAUAGGAACUUAGCACUUACCCCAUUGAUGAGUAAAUAGUUAUAGAAAUAGUUAUAGAAAUUCAAUGUUGUUAAUACGCCAUUAGAAACAUGUUAAAGUAAAAAUUAGACACAAAAAUUUUAAAAAUCGAGAGGGGGCAACCGCAUGCCCCCAGACCCCCACAAAGAAAUGUCCGGCUUCAUGCUAAAAUAAAUUUCCCAAUUUUAGGUAAACACGGAUUUUUUUUACUUCUGGCUAACACCCUGUAAAGCAAAUAUAGCUUUCUGUGGUCCUUGAAAUAAAAGAAGCCAGUGAAAAGCUUAGUAACAACAAUUAAGCCACUAGUCAAUUGUGUCAUACAGACUCGAACAGUCAUAAAUUUCACAGCAUUUUCAUAUGUAAUUUAAAAAUGAAAAUUAAAGCCCAUGCAGCAAAAGACUUUCAGUCAAUUACACAUCUUGUAACAAAAAUAUAAAAUUUAGUGCAGUAUUCAAAUAAGUGAAUAAGAGGAAAGGAUCGAUAAAAAACAACCUAUUAUCAUAAUUUAAAAAUAUUAGUAAAUUAAUUAAAGAUAUAAUGUUUAAUUAGGUUCAAUUUUAUGUGAUUAAAAUUUGGACAAUUAUACACAUAAUUUUUAAAUGGGGAAUGCAAAAAAACCCAGUUGUGCCGGGCAGUUACCUGUUCCUACCAGACAAUGUCUGUGACCGGCCGCUUAUUUUCAGGCUUGGAUCGAGUGCUAGCUAGCACUUUCCUCUUGUUCUCUUGAUAAGGCGUAAAAAAAUACCUGUGGAACCUUCCGGUUCCCGACCGACCCUAUUUUUUUCCGCCGACCCUAUUAUUUUUUCAACGCUAUUGACUGUGCAACCUUAUUUUCUCCGACCCUAUUUUUUCCCGGCUGCUGCCAAAAAUGGCGUCUGUUGUCACACUAAUUAUUGAAAAAACCAUGAAAAAAAUAUUCAAAAAAAAAUUUAUUUCCGACCUACCGACCCUAAGUUUUUCGCGAUAUGUAACGCCUAAGUAAAAUUUUUGGUGUUAGAUAAAGUAAAAUAACAUUAAGUAGAGUGCAUAUUAGCCUGGAUGCCACUUAUCCUUCCAAAAUUAUUAGGGAACUGAUGGGCAAAGUAAGCUAGAAGGUCCAAUCAGCCAAGAAGAGGCCAAGAAAAAUUUCGAAAAGAAAUUUCAGGAGAAAACUAAAAAUAGUUGGGAUGAACGUCAGCAAUUCUCUCCAGUGAAAGGGAAAUAUUCGCUAGUAAUUGAAAAGACUGAUUCUUCUAAGAGUAGCCAAGUAACUGACAGUCAGGUGAGAAUUGGAAAAUUAUAUAAAUUCAGCAAAUAGACCCAUUGGCCAUUGCACAUGACGUCACAGCGCUGGUGACGAUGCAUCUGGAGGACAGAUGAGCAAUUUAUGCAUAAUAUACACUCAGUAACUUUUGUAAACAAAGCAAAUUUUGUAAAACUUUAUUGUCUUUAUAAUAAACUUUAUUGUCUUUACUGUCUUUAUAAUUUUGUAUUAGAAUGGUUAAUUUUUGCGCUGUACGUUGUUGUUGUACCUAAACAGAUAUUGUUAAGGAGCAUCUGGAGGACACUCUAAGGAUUUGUGACGUCAGUGCAAUGGGUCUAUUCUUGUGUCAUUAAUUCCAUAUAAACAACCUCACAUUGAUUUCAGGUCACUAAUUUUCAAACGAUGGUUCCCAAGUUUGUCGUGAAUUAUUCCUAAUUACAUUUCUAUAAAUUUGGAUUAUAGUCCAGUCGCAUUAGUCAGAGGACUGAACUAAAGUUUUUUUGCAAGGAUUUAACAGCUUGAAUUUGGCACAUUAAUAGAUAACUAUACAUUAUUGUACAUAACUUACAUACUAGACAAUUACAUUUAACAAUCUGAAGAAUAUACUAUGAAACUAUAGAAAGAUGGAAACAAUACAAAGAUGCCAGAAUUAAGUGGCAAAAUACAAAUGAGACUAGUUGUCAUGCAUGGUGCUCACCACUUAAACUAGAUGAGAUAGUUUAGGAGUGGAAGAAAAAUAUAGAGUGGAAAGUAAAUGGAAGCUAGGAGCACAGGCAGAAGAUGAAGAGAGAAGUGAUAGAAUGAGUGAGAAGGGCGGUUAGAUGAAUAUGCGAGUUCAGAUUCUGCUUGAGUUUUAUUUUAUGUCUGACUUAACAGGGGACUCAGAAACUAGUUGGUAUACAGUAUAAGAUAUGCAUGUGAACCUUAAGAAACGUUCACUCAUGAAAUUUUCUCUGGGGGCGUGAUUAUUUAAAGGUGUAUUAGUGCUAACCCUGGGUUAAAAUUGAACCUACAGUAGCUAGCUGCUGUAAAUUUCAGUUUGUAUAUUUCUACACGUCUGUUUUCAAAACUUUAGAGGGGAAAACUCCUAUCGAUCCAGUCAAGAUCUUUGAUGAAAUACUUCCAAAUUUAUAGGCAAGGCUGUUGUCAGGAAGUUUGCUUUGAAUUUUAGGUAGACCUACUGUAGGGUUAAGCUAACCUAGCUUUGAACAACCGGCCCUUGGUGUUUAAAACGUACCAAUGAAUAUUGCCAUACUGUUGCCAAAUGUAUUGAUUAUUGCCACUGUUUAGAAAAAAACAGAAUUUCCAGAUGUAUUAAUUUUAUCAGAAGUACAACUACCAGUGGACGUCCUCUAUGUCAUCUUAUCACAGCUUCCUGUACGUGAUGUUUUACGAUACAUGCAAGUUUGCAAAGCUUGGAAGGUAGGAAUGUACCUUAAUCCUUUGCUCUGUCUAAUGCCAAACAAUAUAUUUUACUUGUGAAGGAGAAAAUCUCGUGCAUUAAUGGUUGAUCUGUCUAAUGACAGAUGAUUUUACUUGUGAAGAAGGGGGAAGUAUUUACCAUUGAUGUUUUUAUCCAGACAAUCUUUUUGUUGUCAACAUAUUUUAAGCAGCAAAUUGAAUGCAUCUUAAUGUGUCUUAUAUAGGCCUAGUCUAUUAUAUUGUUAUCUUACUUUAAUUGUCAAAUGUGAGAUCAUCCCAGCGGGCAAAAUGACGUUUAUUCAACGUUGAAUCAACGUUGGAAAUGACCUUCCAGACGUUGGAUAGACGUUGAAAAAGGGUUGACUAUGCAAAUUGGAUCGACGUUACUGUUUCGGCGUUGAAACAACGUUGAAAUUAGGUUGCCAAUCUCGUCAACCAUAAUUCAACGUUGAAUCAACGUUGAAACAACGUGGAGAUUACUUCACAAAUCGACGUCGUACAUUUAACCAUGAAUGAACGUUGAUUCAACGUCUGUUGACUGCUGUUGAACCAAUGUUUUUAAAACAACGUCAGAGCAACGUAGAUAUUACUGUAGGUUGUCGACGUCGCAGCCUUUUUUCUACCAAAUUUCAACGUAACGUUGAAACAACGUCGUGUGCCCGGUGGGAUUUUAUACUAGAGGUAUAAUCUAGGAUAAUAUUUUCUAUGUUAAAUUUCUUUCCAGACAUUGCUGAGUGACAAGUAUUUUUGGAAGAUGUACAUAGAAAGACAUUUUGAUUUGGAGAUAAAAUCUGACCUCUCAAAUGAGGGGCCAAUGGCACACUGGUCAGGUCCAGCAGGAUGGACUGAUAAUAACGUUAACAAGACUUGGUAGGUGCGUGUUUUCUGUUAAAUGCAUGCCCGGAUUUCGAGGUGAGGGCGCACCUAAACCUUGUAAUUCUCUUGAGGAUUGCUUGGCUCAAUGGGUAAAUAAGAGCCUGCAACAAUCUCAAGGAAAUUUGAUCACCGCUCACUAAUUACUAUGAUAAUUUAUUUCCAAUCCAACCAAUCAUAUUAUCUGAAAUUCGCGUGCGUGAUGCAGUGUGAGUAAUAACUAAUAGUCUUAUAACUGUUUAUAUAGUUCAUAUGUAGUAGCUCGAGAAUUCAAACUUUUAUAAAAUUAGCCGAAUUCAUAUUAGGGACGGGAAACUCGUCUGCGAAAACCCGUCUGAGUAUGAAUUUAGGGACGGGCAAAUUCGAAUUUAAGACGAGUUUCCCGUCUAGACGAGAUUCCCCGUCUGUUUAGACGGGUAAGUUAGACGGGAAAGUUCAGACGGGAAACUCGUCUGCGCCCGGAUUCAUAUUAGACGAGUUUCCCGUCUGAGACGAGUUUCCCGUCUAAGACGAGUUUCCCGUCUCUAAUAUGAAUUCGGCUAUUGGCGGUUUAAAGACCAUGUCAAAACCGUUCUGCUUAUCAGUUCUGCGCAUAACAAAAGGGGACCCACAGAUACAAACUUUGCCCAAAUUUUGCAUCUUUCGAACUUUAUUGAAUUAAAACGUACUCUAGUUUAUAUUAAUUUACAAUAGCGAAUCAGAAAAGUGUUAGAUAUUCAGUUAGUAUAUCUUAUUCUACAAAUUAAUACAGCAGUUCAAAAUAUAAAAAAGUAUUUGUUUAGUCUUUAAUUGUCUUUAAAUUACUGUUGGAAUAAAUAAAACAUAAUUUACAGGCACCGGAGAUGUCGGUUUGGUACGUUAGUAUGUGAUAUAAUUCACUAGAACAAAACAUUUUGACUUGAUAAACACUAAAACAGUUUAAAUGCCGUUACUCAACACUGACUAUUUUUACGUAUUAAUAAUGAACGGAACUCAAAAAUAUAUUUAUAUCAAAAGGAAGACAAUACCUUCUUAGGUCCAAACAUUAUAAUAAAUUUCAAUGUCAUACAAAAUACUACCAGCUAUAUGAGCGAAUAUAUGUUUUCAAAAUUGCAACGGCUGAACAUCAUAAACGUUUACUGCCAUCUUUAAAAAGAAUGAUCCGACAAUUCCAUCGAACUAUAGACCUACAGUAUCUCUUUACUCGAUACGUUAUCGAAAGUUUUAGAGCGAUGUGUUUAUAAUCACUGUUAUGAACACCUACACUCUAUGUUCCAUUAUCUCCAACAUGGUUUCCUGAGAGAGCGAUCCACGAAUACGCAGUUGUUGGUAGUAUACCAUCAAAUUCUGGAAUGUACUGUAUUGCUAGUGGUCAAGAAGUAGAUGCAAUUUACCUUGACUUUAGCAAAGCGUUCGAUAAAGUACCACACAAUCUGCUUUUAUUAAAACUUAAAUCGUAUGGUAUUUCUGAUCCUACCCUCUCAUGGUUUGGCAGUUACUUAUCGGAAAGACAACAACGAGUGGUUAUUAACGGACAUUCUUCUGACUUGCUCCCUGUUACAUCGGGCGUCCCGCGCGCAGGGGUCUAUCCUUGGGCCGCUUCUUUUCUUAAUAUACAUUUACGAUCUACCCACUUAUUUAGAAAACAAUUCAUCAAUUGCUCUUUAUGCGGACGACUCCAAACUUUUCCAUCUUAUCUAUUUACCUAAUGACAGUUUUUCCCUUCAGAAAGAUCUCGACAGCCUCAGUCACUGGGGUGAAAACUGGGCAAUGGCAUUCAAUGUUAGUAAAUGUAAAAUAGUCCAUUUUUCAAGGAAGAGAUUACCUACAGUACAUCACCUAAUGGGUAAAAACUACUACUUGGCUGGUAACCCAUUAGAAAAUGUUCCUAACAUAUUGGACCUCGGAAUUACUGUCACCAACAACCUUUCAUGGUCUGAACACAUCGAAGAGAUUGUCUCUAAAGCUAACAGAACUCUUGGUCUUGUCAAAAGAUUGUGUAGGGAUAUCAAGGACACAAAUACCCGGAAGCUUCUGUAUUGUACUGUUGUUAGACCAAAGCUUGAGUACUGCAGUAGUCUUUGGUCGCCUUACACAGGUAAACAUCGUUUACUUAUCGAAAAUGUUCAGCGAAGAGGUACCCAGUUUAUUCUUAAUUACCCUAAAGAUAUGCCAUAUCCAUUGAGACUGCAGAAACUACGCCUUUUACCACUGGAAUUCAGAAGAGAGAUUUCGGAUUUAACUUUAUUGUUUAAGUCCAGAAAUGGGCUAAUAACUAUGGACGUGAAUAAGUACCUGAACACUUACGUUUAUUGCUAUCGGACACGUAAUUACGACCCAAAUAACUACAACUUGAUUAUUAAGCACAAACAAGACUAUUAUAGAAAGUCGUUUUUCAUUAGGGCUGCAGAACUCUGGAAUACGUUACCUUCUAAUUUAAAAUCUUGUAAUUCAAUUACUUUAUUUAAGACUAAAAUCACUAACCUAUACUUCGAUAAAUUAGCUACGUAUUGCUUACCUGCGUGAAUAUUUCUUAGUGUAUUGUAUUGAUGUAUAGGGGUAGGAUGGCAACUGGGACAUUAGUCCUGUAUCUAACUCCUGCCAGUCGUCUGUUUGGUAAACUUGUAACUUGUUAUAUAUAUGUCAUUGUAAUUUACUGGCGAAUUAAUUAAACUAAACUAAACUAAGUAUUUCAAGUUGAUGACCCGUUACUGUUGUAGGCCCGUUUACACGACAAAUAGGGACCUUUAGCUAGCAGGACGGUGACGGCUAUUAAUACAAUGAAAUUUAUGACAGUGUAUAGAAAGAAAAUGCAUAAUUAAAGGUCCCUUGGGAGUUUUAGACGUCGUCCUUGCUCUGUUCACAACAGCUAGCAAACCAAAGUUUUUCACGUUUUGUACACAACGUCUGCCUUUCAAGGCGCGAGAAGUCGUCCUCGGCAAAUUGGCUUAGUACAAGUCUUCUCAACUAUAAACCUCUGUCUUAACCUUCUUAAACUGCAAUAAAUUCAUACAACGGAUAAUACAAGACAUGUUGUCCUUAAAGUUACUUAUUUAAACGAGUUUGUUUUGGCCGUCAUCGUCGCGUUGCCGUCACCUAUUUGCUAAAGGUCCCUAAUGUUUGUUUAAUUUUUUGGUACCGUACCAUUUAUUCAUAGCAUGGUACUCCACGUUUACACGACAAGAGUUUGCCAAAUUUCCGGGCCAAAAAAAAUCGACGGGCACUCCAAUAAUUUGGCACAGCACUCGUAAAAAUAGAGACUCGUAAGAAUAUUAAAGAAAAGACCCUGCUGAGAUCAGAUGCUUAUUCAACGAAUAAACUCCGAAUUACAUUUUUGAAAGCAAUUUUAGUUUGUGUCCACGUUACGGAGCACUAUGGAUAUCCACGAUCACUUACCUGGUUCGAGAUGGUAUAGAUCGAGAGUAUGAUGACAAACUUUGGUAUUCAAACUUUCGAGUUACAAGGGGAACAUUCGAAUUUCUUUUAAAUAAAGUCAUGAAAUAUAUAUACGCGGCAAAGGUACAGCCAUGCGUUCUGCAAUUUCGGCGAAGCGACGGCUGGCCAUUACAUACUUCUUGGCAUCCACUGCUGAGUGAAUAUAGAACUAUAGCCAAUUUAUUUGGUGUUUCAAGAUCGUUCGAUUCGUGUGUUUGUGCGUUAGAGAUGUCUGCAAAGCAAUAACAAAGCAAGUUGUCGUAUGUCGUCAGUUUUCCGCGUGGAGACGAAUUGGUGCAAAUUAUCAAUGAUUAUGAACAACGAUGGGGUUUCCCAAUGUGUGCUGGAGCAAUUGACGGGACACACAUUCCUAUCGCUGCACCGUCCGAAUGUCACGCAUAAUACGUAAACAGGAAAGGCUAUCGCAGCAUAAUCAUGCAAGCUGUAGUGGAUUGCAAAUACCUCUAUAGAGAUGUGGUCAUUGGUUGGCCUGGAAGCGUUCACGACGCACGGGUAUUUUCAAAUUCAUCUAUUUUCAAGAAAGCCGGGGAAUGAAGGCAAGCUAUUUCCAGAUGAUCUCACUGUGGAAUAACAAGGAGUAGAAAUGUUACCGUUUAUAAUAGCGGAUCCUGCAUUUCCCCUCUUGCCAUGGGUUUUGAAAGGUUUUCAGGGAAACGAUGACCAGCCAAGAAGAGAACGAGUCUUAUCGCCUUAGUAUAGUGCCAGGAUGAUUGUAGAAAACACCUUCGCUAUAGGUGAAAAGGACGUUUUAUUAGAUUUAGGAAAUGUGUUGAUAUGGAGGUACCUUGCACCUGCACUGGUCAUUGUUGUUUUAGCCUCUUGUAUUCUGCAUAAUAUUUGCGAGAUUCAAAACAACGAUUUUUUGCCGCAGCGGGAAGAACCAGAAAGAGCCGCGGAGGCAGUUGUGGGGAUUGAUAAUAUUGACAUUGUAGCUGAUGCACACGACAUUCGUGAAGCAUUAGCAGAUUACUUUAGCUAGGAAGAACUGACGUCCAGCUGAGAACAAUAAUUCAUACAAUGUUAAUAAUGGAUGAUUCCAGCUAUAUAGACCAAAUUUAGAUCUAGGCAAGAAGAACAAAAUCCAUCACCACAGCUAGAAAAACCAUCUUAAAUUUAUUUUUUUUAAUUAACUUUACAAUCAUAUUAUAUAAAAAAUACACAUACAGCUAUGAUUGAAGGAUUGGACAACAGAACUAGAAUCCCAUACCUCUCUCCUCCGCAGAGGCUUUAAUUGGCUAUGAGGGCGCGAAGCCUCUGCACGAUUCCACACCCAAUAUGGCGGUAAACCGGGGGGGAGCGUAUAAUUAUCGAAAGCAAAAUUCAAGUCAAAAUGACUGAGAAAAUAUCUCUUUACAAUACUGCAACAAGCUGACAAAGAGAUUAGUUACUAGCUCUACGAAAUAAGAAAGUGUUAUGUUCAGUUUGCGAGAAAACAUCUGCAUUUUUUCUAGACAAGGUCUCCAUCUACAGUAUAAAACAAUGCACGGAAACAACGUAUUUAGCGAACAGGUUUUGGUUGCAAGCGAAGAAACUUUUAUUUAAAUUUAUAUAUGACAUUUGUAUUUUUAGAAAUGUGUCCAAAACCGCAUAAAAGAAAAAAAUGAGUAUGUAUAGCAUACAGAACCAUUAUUAAAUUUAUUAUCAAGACUGAAAAUACAAUUCAACUAUUUCAACUUCAGCAAUAUUUAUAAACAAACGCGACCUUCAGUCGGUUUCGACCUGAUUUAUUUGGAGGUUCGUAUCUUUGGUUCAAUAUAUGCUAUGUAGAUGAAAAUACCACCGUUCGAUUCAGUACAAAAAUAUCUCCUAGUUUCUAUCGAUAGUUUUAGUGAAAUGUCAACACUAUAGCGAUUUAUGACCUUUGAAAGUCAAGCGGGAUUUUGUAUAUUAAUAUCAAAUCACGCAAGGUUUACACUUGACAAAAAAUAUAAACUAGGCAUACCUUUCGGCGACCAUAACUUCGGCUCCUUGGGACGCAUCCUCUUUGUAUUACUCUUGUUCGAAAGCGAAUUCAAAACACUACUUAAAGUGUUAUUUUUGAGCUUGUAUCUUGAAAACUUCAUCUUUUAUUAUGGUAUUUCCAUUCCUGGUCUGAUUGUGAACUAAUUCCCGAAGAUCAGCGUGUGACAGGCGCGUGCGACUGUGCGAGUAAAAACCCGACAUUUUGAAAAAUUAAAAAUAAAUAUUUCUACUGGCCGUAUUUAAAAGAAAUUUUCUACACGAAAGCGCUUGAAUACAAGGGGUAUUUUACUUCUUUGAAUGGUGGCGAAUUCCGAAGAGUUCAAGAAAUAUUCAAGUUUUUCCCGAUACGAAAUACAGAAUGUUUGGUCAAGCGGUGAGUAAAAUUUCCGAUUGUUUGCUUUGUGUAUUAAAUGUUAAAAAAUAUUACUUUUGACCAUCCACAAACAUGCAAGCACUAGUCAAUGAGGUCAAUCAAUCAUGCAUUAAAUAAUGAUUUAAUUUUCAAAAAGACGUUUCUUGUUUAGCUUAAAAAUCACCUUUUGUUUCGAUGUUUACACUUUGUCCAACUUUGUCCCACUUUGCGAUGCAAAUCGUGCAGAGGCUUCGCGCCUUCCUUCGCCUUUCCCUUUGCCGCCUGCGCUCCUUCGCCCAGCGGCUACGCUCGUGUUCCAAGAUCCGCCAUGUAAAGUGUAGUGAAAUGUAUUUCAUCGUAAUAUUAAAUCCUAAGAAAACUAAAGCCUCUUCGGAGGAGAGAGAUCCCAUACUAAGUCCAUCCAUCUAACACUAAAACACGCAAACUGGACAACGUAAAUACUGCAAACUGGACAACGUAAAUACUGAUUUUACAGGCCUUUAUACUAUAUAAAACAUGCAAGAAUAAAUACAUAACUACACUACUGUGAAAUUAUUUGUGAGGUUCAGUUUUGACCCCCACCAGCACCAGCACCACUAGUUAGAAACCACGAACCACUUACAUGCAAACCAGGUCAGCGCGAGGUAGUGAUAGCGGUAAUGGAAGUCAAAAGUGACUCCAUAAAUUAGUACAUUUUAUCUAUUAUAAAUUAGUACAUUUGCAAAGAUUGGUUGCAAAAUGUUGUAAAAUGCGGAACAUUUUCGGCCCAAAGUGGUGCAUUUCCUCGGGCGUAAUACAAAUUAAUACAAAAUUUGCAAAUUUCGUAGGGCUCUGAUAAACUUUACUAGUUUCUUUAGAUCCCUUGGACUGAUCAAAUGAAACCUGAAUUGGUUUAUCGCACUACAGAUUAAGCAGGGUUUUUGUUGCUUCCUUGCUCCAUACUUUCCCUCUGUUUCUCAGUCUUGACGGCGGCCAUUUUGCUUAAUGUUAAUUCCCGCGAAAUAUUUCGCGCAACCGAAAAGUGCUGAAAUAGCAAAAUUUUGGGCACGGUGCCGCUUAUUUGGCGGGCCGAGACUACCUCAAGAGAUGGUCUCGGCCCGCCAAAAAUUUUAGGUACACGUACCGCAAUCGGACAGGGCCGGUGCCGUUUACACGACAAAAAUCAGGAGUGCGUGCCCAAAAAAAUUGGUCCGCGUGCCAAAAUUUAAGCGUGCCGUGCCCAAAACGACUGUCGUGUAAACGGGCCUUGUAUUAUUUAGAGAAAUACCAACACGUGCAUGGGUGUGUAUCCAUGCUCUUUGACUUGCCAAGGCAGAUAUCCAAUGCGAAAACCUGCCAAAACAUCUCAACGAUCUGUAGCUGUUUAGUUUUUGGUUUAAAACCCAAAUUCACAGUACUCUUUCAAAAAUAUACGUUUUUAGUGAAAGCGUAUAAACAUUGCGCCAUAAUUUAUGCGUGUAUUUUGGCAUAUAUUAUUAUUUUAGCCAAUAGGAUUUUCGCGUCCUCUCACGACCCCGAAAUACCAAAUUUCCUUGAGAUUGUUGCAGACCUAUAUUCAAUGGGCCUGCCACGUAGGCUAAGAAUUGCUGCACCUUCUCUGAAAAUUCAGGGGUUUAUUACAUUAAGCCACAUUAAGCCUUGCUUAUAAGUUCACUAAUAUAUGCUUAAUGCGGCGAGUUCCCAUUACCUAUAUCCAUCUACAUAUAAAAACAUACCGGAUCGCUUUUACCAAUUUCAACAAACUAUACAUUUAACAAACUUUUUCUUACGACACAAAUUGGAGAAAAUUCUGUCUUUUGUAAGUUAAUACAUUACUAUAUAAACCUGCACGGCUUUACAUCAAUAAUAAAGCCACGUUCGUUUUAACACGGCCUUCUAGCUAAGACCAUGUGCACCUUGUAUAAUUCUCCUGAGAAUUGCUGUACCUCCCCUGAAAAUUCAGGGGUAUUAGAUUAAGCCUUGCUUAAGUUCGCUAAUGUAUGUUUAAUGCGUUGACAAGGGAUGUAUCUAUAGUUCUAUUUUGCUUACUUUUUUCUGGUAUUUUGAAAGGUAUUGUUACUUCUCUGAGGACGGAGAGAAAGACGAUAUAUAUGUGAUGCGUCCAUUUCCGUCAAUGUGGAACUGUCGAGUCUUUCAUCCGUAUGGUUUGGACCCAUUCUCUGGUGAUGCGAGAAAAUUACAAGGUUUUUCUCGUUCUCUUGAAAUAUUGACUUACAUGAGAAGUGAAGCGUCUCGCUUGGGUAUGCAAAGUGGUGAGUGA